UCCAGGCACCCCCCCCCUCCGUCGCCUUGGCAACAGGACGCAAAGGCUCCUGCCCGGUGAGGUGGCGGUUUGAAUCGGGCCCUGAGGAAUCGCGUCAUGUCACGACCGAAGAAUCAAAACUACAAGGGCUAUGGAUUGUCAAAGGGAAAAGAACGAGAGCAGAGAGCAUCAGUCCGGUUCAAGACCACUCUUAUGAAUACUCUUAUGGAUGUCCUUCGCCACAGGCCAGGAUGGGUGGAAGUAAAGGACGAAGGGGAGUGGGAUUUCUACUGGUGUGACGUCAGCUGGCUCCGGGAGAACUUCGACCACACCUAUAUGGAUGAACACGUGCGGAUCAGUCACUUCCGAAACCACUACGAGCUGACCCGCAAGAACUACAUGGUGAAGAACCUGAAGCGGUUCCGGAAACAGCUGGAGCGCGAGGCAGGAAAGCUGGAGGCAGCCAAGUGCGACUUCUUCCCCAAAACCUUUGAGAUGCCGUGCGAGUACCACCUGUUUGUGGAGGAGUUUCGUAAAAACCCAGGAAUCACCUGGAUCAUGAAACCUGUAGCCCGGUCCCAGGGGAAGGGCAUCUUCCUAUUCCGGAGGCUGAAGGACAUCAUGGACUGGAGGAAGGACUCAAAAAGUUCGGAUGAUCAGAAAGAAGAAAUUCCUGUGGAGAACUAUGUAGCGCAGCGUUAUAUCGAAAACCCCUAUCUGAUAGGAGGCCGCAAGUUUGACCUGCGUGUCUACGUGCUGGUGAUGUCGUACAUCCCGCUGCGGGCCUGGCUGUACCGUGAUGGCUUCGCCCGCUUCUCCAACACCCGCUUCACACUCAGCAGCAUUGACGACCAGUAUGUGCACCUCACCAAUGUCGCCGUGCAAAAGACGUCCCCUGACUACCACCCAAAGAAGGGCUGCAAAUGGAUGCUCCAGCGCUUCCGACAGUACCUGGCGUCCAAGCACGGGCCAGAAGCAGUGGAAUCGCUCUUCAGUGACAUGGACAACAUCUUCAUCAAGAGCCUGCAGAGUGUGCAGAAGGUGAUCAUCAGUGACAAGCACUGCUUUGAGCUGUACGGCUAUGACAUUCUCAUAGACCAGGACCUCAAGCCAUGGCUCCUGGAGGUCAAUGCGUCCCCAUCGCUGACAGCCAGCAGCCAGGAGGACUAUGAGCUCAAGACCUGCCUCCUGGAAGACACCCUGCACAUCGUGGACAUGGAAGCCAGGCUCACAGGAAGGGAGAAGCGAGUGGGAGGCUUUGACCUCAUGUGGAAUGAUGGCCCCGUCAGCAGAGAAGAGGGGGUUCCCGACUUGUCAGAAAUGGGGAACUUUGUGACCAACACACACCUUGGUUGCAUCAAUGACCGAAAAAAACAGCUGAGGCAGCUGUUCCGCUCCCUUCAAGGCCAGAAGAAAACUUCCAGCUAAUACCCAGCCGCUGAGAGGCAAGCGUCCCGGGAGGUGCCUUGCCAUCCAGUCCUCUCCCCACUCCAUGGCCAGCACAGCAGCACCUCAGAGCACAUGCCUCCCUCCCUCUGGAUGGGCCACAGCUGCUGCUUGCUGCUUGGGCCGGGUCUCCUGGAUUCCCCCACCGACCCCUGGGCAUCUUUGCACCAGGAGACAGCCAAUCCUCUGGACUGGAUGGGCUUUAACCUUGACAGAUUGGCUUAGCGAAUAGGCCCAAAGAGUAAAAACUCAGCAAAUUCGGCUCUCCAGAGAGGUCACAUCUAAUAAAUGAGCACAGGCCUUACUCGAAGUUACUGGGCACCAGGCUUGGCUCAGGGAACGCCAUGGGCUGCAGCGGUGUCCUCCUGGCUUCACCCUUUGAUGUCUUCCAGGAGGUUCGGGUUGUAAGAGUCCUCCAAGAGCAAAGGAUUCAUGGGCUCCGGAACUGGUCUUAAGCUAUGUUCGCAAAGCAAGCAAUUAUAGAUUGUGUUUAUUGGGAGUCUGGAGGACUGGACCCUGCACAUCUCCUCUUCCUUACAACACCCUGACCUUGCAUGUCAGGGGAACCCAUGGCGCUCCCCUGACUCUGUGAAAGUCAGCAGGCCAAAGCGUCCCCAUUGCUCAGAUGGACAUGGGUCAGGAAGGCAGAGCUGCUUAGUAAGGGUCCGUGCAAAGGGGCACUUGGCUGAGUCAUCUGGGUGACAGGUGCCUCUCUGGGCCUUCCUACUUGAGGUUGGGAGCUGAGCUUUUUAAACUAGAAAGCCUUGUGCCGCAGGCAAGGAGCUAGCAUUCCCACAUUCCUACGCCUCCUCUGAGUGUCAUAGGAAUUACAAGUGGGCUGGUGAGCUAACAGCUGCAUGGGGGACCCAUUAGGGGAUCCCCGGCAGCUCCCUCUACCACUCUUCCUGCUUCAGGACAGUUCUUUCAGCUACAAAUAACAGAAUGUGACUGCCCAGGGAUGGGAAGGGCUUUUGGAAGUGAAUACUGUCAAGUCCAAGAAAUGAAGCAGUUAGCUUUGGGAAGGCCAGAAACCAGCCUCUCUGGGCCUCCUCCUUCAUCCCUGUGACUGAGGCGAGCCCAGACAGCCCCAGGCAUGUCCUUUCCAGUAGGAUCCAGUCAGCUCUUUUGUGUCCUAGCAUCUACUUUGCCAGACAGGUAGGGGCAAUGUUUAGAGGAAAUUGUGAGCAAGGCAGUCCUACCAGAUAGUGUCUAGCAAAGUGAAUGCUGCUACUCCCUACUUUUUAAAUUUAUAUUUUAAAAUACACA